GCUGUCAUCCUCGUCACUGAGUUCACUAUUCGGAGGGUACGAUAUUUUUUUAAUGAAACUCUGUGAAUAAAGCUUUAACGGACGGCCAGAGAAGAAAUUCUGUCUUCUGUUUCCAUAGUGCAAAUGGGUGAUGACAAGGAAUGCAAGAAGGAAGAAGACCGAGUGACGCAUUACGGCUGGGGGCCCUUUAAACCCAGGUUCCUGCAAUGGUUCAACACCAUGGGGAGUUUCAUGUUCUGUAUUAUCCUCGUGUAUGUGGCCAUGGGGUUUGCAUCAGGUUGGGGAGGAACAUCCCUGGAACAGAUAGAGAAACAGUUCCACUUGCGGAGCACCGUCAUCGCCACGCUAGGCACAGCCAACAGCCUCAGCAGCACCUGCGCCAUAGCCUUCGUCAGCUACAUCGGCAGCAAGUACAACAAGGUCAAGGCGUUAGCCUUCUCCACGUUUCUGUACGGGGUUGGUCUGGCCCUGAAUUCUCUGCCACAUUAUCUGCUGGAGCCCUACAAGGCCUCCAGUCAAGUAAUGAACAGAACGGAAGGGGCAUCCAUCUGCCCGACCAACGUUUCCUCUGCCUCUAAUCACAGCUCCGUUCAAGCAGCACAAGGUGAAGGUCACAUGGCCUAUUUUCCCAUCCUGCUUGUGGGUCACAUACUGACGGGUAUCGGCAGUUCGCCUAUCUUCACGCUGGGGUUCGCCUAUAUUGACAAUAAUGCAUCUGUUGCCAUGGCAGCAAUUCUUAUAGGAGCAUUGAACACCGUGGGAGUCGUUGGUGCAGCGUUGAGCGCCCUGGUUGGUGGGAGCAUCAUCGAGUACCUGUAUGUGGACUUUGACAGAGUGGAUACAGACAGCUUGCCGUUUGACGCCCGGGAUCAACGGUGGGUGGGAGCGUGGUGGAUUGGAUACAUCAUCACUGGAAUCAUCAUCACCGUCAUCUCACUCCCCCUCUCAGGAUUCCCCAAAUACUUCUCCAACAGUCCUCAUCGAGAUGAAUUGGAAAAAAGCGCUCAGGAGAAGGUCCCUAAAAACCUGUUGUCCUAUCUCAAGAAAGCUGUCACAGACUUUUUCAAGGCAUUCUUUAAACUUGUGUUCGAUUUGGAAUUCAUGUUCAUCAGUGUGGCCGGAGCAAUAGAAGGUGUGGCUGUGAACGGAAUGGCAAUGUUUGCCUUCAAGUUUAUAAACCAUGAAUAUGGUAUGGACUAUGAAACAGUCGGAUAUAUUGUAGGUACAAAGGCCAUCGUUGGGUCAGUUGGUUACGUCCUGGCCGGGUACCUGAUAAAGUGGUUCAAGCUCGACUUGCUAGGGAUGGAAAGAAUGGUCACCGGUCUGUUCGUGCUUGCCACAGUGUUAGGCCUCUGUCUCUUUGCUGCAUGUCCUGAUAUCCAGAUGAUUGGUCUUGAUCUGCCCUAUCCUGGAGACAGCGAUGUGUCAGGCUUCCUCGCGUCCUGUCAAGGUCAGUGCCAGUGUGAAGGUCAGACGUUCAGUCCUGUUUGUAGCAGCAACGGCCUCGUCUACUUCUCCCCCUGCCACGCAGGUUGUCUGGGCAGCAGCAGCGAUGGGGAUGUCAUGACUUACACCAACUGCAGCUGUAUAGCAGCUGGGCUCAAUACAACUGUGACAGAUGCUCUGGCCACCGCCACCGCGGGUAAAUGUACCACCGACUGCUGGCAAGUGUACCUCGUCAUGCCCUGCUUGUUCCUGGUCUACAUCAUCAUCAUCACUUGCGCCACUUUCUCUACUUUUACAACACUCAGGUGUGUGGAACAAGAUCUCCAGGCAUUUGCUCUUAGUAUAAAAAUGAUAUUAAUGGCGGUAAUAGGGAGCAUCCCCGCCUCUGUGGUAGUGGGCGUGGUGGUCGACUCGGCCUGUGAGCUGUGGGGAGGGGCGGAGGGGGCUCAGUUCUGUCAGCUUUACAACAAGGAGGCUUUAGCUGUGGGAAUCGCCACCAUGUGGCUCAGCGUCGGCAUCAUCGCUUGCACCUUCAUGUUCCUGGCAUCACUUGUCAACCUGUGGAAGAAGAAGAAGAGGGCGAACAAGGAGAGUACCGAGAUGAACGAUGCUGGUGGUUGUGAUGAGAAACAUAACGGAGCAGUGGAGGGUAGCAUCCCCGCCUCUGUGGUAGUGGGCGUGGUGGUCGACUCGGCCUGUGAGCUGUGGGGAGGGGCGGAGGGGGCUCAGUUCUGUCAGCUUUACAACAAGGAGGCUUUAGCUGUGGGAAUCGCCACCAUGUGGCUCAGCGUCGGCAUCAUCGCUUGCACCUUCAUGUUCCUGGCAUCACUUGUCAACCUGUGGAAGAAGAAGAAGAGGGCGAACAAGGAGAGUACCGAGAUGAACGAUGCUGGUGGUUGUGAUGAGAAACAUAACGGAACAGUGGAGAGUGAUGUUCACGAAAGUUCACCAGAAUGA